AGUCCAAAUUUCGGAGUAAAUAAUCUCUCCCAAAUAAUCCAUCCGGGCCUUAAAUUUAUGUCGUAUUUUAUAUCUACGCCCAAAAUGCAGUCGGAGGCUUUGAAAUCAGCUCGUCAAAAAUUCCAGUCAGUGGAAUCUGAGGCAUUGAAGAGCUCAGAGUUAUUAAAAGGGAAGCUGGAGGGAUUGAAGGAGAAGGUACAGGGAGUCAUCGACGAGACAGGAAAAACGGAGCUGAGAUGAGUCCAAACAAAAAGGUUCAUUC